AUGUCUUCCAUGCGCAACGCCGUCCAGAGACGGCAACACCGCGAACGAGGCCAGCUCGAAGGCCGCGAAAAAUGGGGUAUCCUCGAAAAGCACAAAGACUACUCCCUCCGCGCGAAAGACUACAACGCCAAAAAGGCCAAGAUCAAGCGCCUCCAGGAACUCGCCGCCAACCGCAACCCGGAUGAAUUCGCCUUCGGCAUGAUGUCCGCGCACUCGCGGACAAAAGGCAAGCACGGCUCCGCGGCGCGAGACUCCGCUGCUAAGCGGGGACUAAGCCAUGAUGCGAUCAAGUUGCUCAAGACGCAGGAUGCGGGCUACCUGCGUACGACGGGGGAGCGGAUACGGCGGGAGAUGGAGAAGCUGGAGAAGGAGGUGAGACUGCAGGAAGAGAUGCAGGAGGCUCUUGGGGGGGAGAAAGAAGAAAGCGCGGAGGAGGAUGCGGGGGAUGAUGAUGACGACUUCGAUUUUGAUUUCGGGCCCGAGGAGAAGCGCGGCCACCGGAAGGCGAGGAAGUUGGUUUUUGCGGAUGAUCGGCGGGAGCAGCGGGCGUUGAAGAACCGGCGGCUUCGCGAGGACGAAGAUCGAGAAGAGGAGGACGAGGACGAAGAACAGUCGUUUGGUGAAUUGCAGAAGAAGCCGCAGAGGAAGUCGCAGAAACAGCUCGAUGCGGAGAGGCAGGCGCUCGUCGAGGCUCGUCGAGCCCGCAAGAUGAAGAAGAGAGCCGCCGAGGCUCGUGAGAACAAGCUCAAGGCGCUUCGGAAGCAGUACGCCGAUAUCACUGCCGCUGAGCGCGAGCUGGACUGGCAGCGAGGGCGGAUGGAUAAUUCGGUCGGGGGGACGAACAAGGAUGGCAUCAAGUGGAAAAUCCGCGAGCGCAAGAAGUGA